AUGGACGCCUACGACCCAGCUACCGAUUCUGACUGCGAAGAGCAAGUCUCAUUUGGCAUCUCGCUCGCGCCCAAAGGCGAGGAAGGCAGUGGGUUGCACACACAGAACGACCCCAGCAAACCAUAUCAGCGCGAAAAUAUUAUUGAGCGCAAAAGUGCCGUCGACAUCCGUUGCUCCAGCGUCGAUAUCAUCCAUGGGCUGUUCGCGUCCGAAGGCAAUGAACAGGACGUCUUCUGUACUCUGCUGGUGCUCCAAUUCCGCUUCGACCCGCGAAAGCGGGCGCGACGCAUCUCACACGUCGACAUUGAACUCAGGUUCGCUGGUAGCGAGUCUGGGGUAGCUGACCCCGAGGUCUUCGCCAUUGCACCCAGCGGCCACCUUCGCUUUGCCCACACGACACAGACCGAGAUAACCACGACUGGAGGCGAAGUCAACCUAGGAGCAGGCGGUGCUGGGGUCGAGGUAGGAAGCGCCCUCAAGUUCGAACGUGAGGUGACGAGGGAAAUGGGCUACGCAACCUCGGUGACUGGAUCCAUCGACCUGCGCGGUCGCAACUAUGGCAAGGCCAAUUGCGCCUCCUGGACGCUGAUGGAAAACCCGGAGACAAAUACUGGAGUACCCAUCUCUAUGAAGACGGCCAUUCUACUCAAGAGAAAGGACGAGGGGCGCUUCCAGUGCGUGGUAACAGUUAAGGCCAAAGCAGACUGGAGGACAUCGCUGGAAUGGUUGGUUGGGGCUACGAGGCCUGAUGACCCUGUGCUUUUCGACCCGACACUGGACCCAACGAGCGAUAGGUAUCGGGACAUGGAGCUAAAGCUUGGGGAGCUUGAUCUUGACGCGAUCUGUGACAUUACCUCUGCGAAUAUCGUGGAGGGGGUGGUGAAGACGAGGAAGAUUGGUGGCCAAGUAGAGUAA